AUGGCGUCAUACGACACUGGUUGGGAAGAUGAACUAUUUCAACAUCCCGUUGGCCACACGUUGCAUUGUGGUAUAUGUCUGAAUGUUUUGAAGGAUCCAGUUUCGUGUCGACAUAAUGAGCAUUUGUUCUGUCAAGCUUGUAUCACCAUACAUCUCAUGAACUUUCAAACAUGUCCAUCGUGUAUGGAACCACUCACUGUCGAAUCACUGCGCCAAGCACCUCGGACCGCAACGAACUUACUUUCCGAAUUAAAGAUCCGCUGUCAAUUCUUCAAUCGUGGUUGCAGACAGUUUGUUGAAUUAGGAGAUCUCGAAAGGCAUGUCACUGACUGUGGGUUUGCCCCAGCAGUCUGCUCUAACGAAGGAUGCCAACUUGAGGUGAAUAAACAAGAUUUACUACACCAUGAAACAGCUGUGUGUGAACUACGCAAAGUCAAGUGCCACAAUUGCAACGAAAUCAAACAAGAGAUGGAUACAGUGAAAGUUAAUUUGGCAGCAAUGAAUGAAAAGUUGAAAGGAGUUGGGGAUCAGUUGGACAGAAAUAAGGAACAGACGCACAAAAAUCAGGAGAAUGUUAAAACAGAGUUUGGAAAUGUGGUCACAAAAGUUGAACUGGUUCAAGAACAACUUAACAAGCAGGAAGAAAGCAAUCGUCAGCUCCAAGCGGACAAUGUAGAAAUGAAGAGAAGUUUAAAUGAAAUUAUGAAACAACUCGAAAGAAUGACGCAACAAACAUCGCAUGAAGUUCAGACUGAAGAAAUGAAGAAAGAUAUCGCGGAAGGUGGAAUGGAUAGAGAGCCGAAGGUCCUUAUUGCUGGAGGCUGGAGUGGGAGAGGAAAUCUAAAUUCAGUGGAAAUGUUCAGUCUCUUAAACGCAACUUGGACACCACUAAAGCCAAUGAAAGAAGGUCGUAACAGAGCAUCUUCAGUUGUUCACAACAAUCAAAUUUUUGUCAUGGGAGGUGCGGGUAACAGUGGAGGAAUCAAGUCAAUUGAAAAACUAUCACUGAAUGCUGUUCAAGUUGAUCAGUCCAUAACUUGGGAUUCAAACGUUCUGGCUGAGUUACCUGCACCAUUGAAUGGACAGUGCAGUGUAGUUUAUAAUGGACGGUUGAUAGUGAUUGGAGGUUUUGAUGGUAGUAAAUGUGCAUAUUCUGAUCGUAUUACUGAGAUUUCCCUUGUCCCACCUUAUACCAGUAAACUGUUGGCUACCAUGCCACAGGCAAGAUAUCUUCAUGGUGUUGCAAUGUUUGGUGACAAAAUACUGAUUCUUGGAGGCAAGCACAAUCAUUCUUCCAGUACAAAUCUUGCAAGUGUUUUGUUGUAUGAUAUUACUAAGAAUAAAUGUAAGGAGUCAGCAGCCCUCCCCUACCCCGUGUCUGCAAUGGCCACAGUCAAGUGGGGUGAUGACAGUGUGAUCAUAGCGGGUGGUGUUGACAGUAACGCUCAACUAUUAAACAAAGUUUUAUUAUACAACAUGAAGACCCAGAAGAGUCUUAUGUUACCAGACAUGAAGUAUAAGAGGAGAGAAUGUGUGGCUGCAGUUGUCAGAGACACUGUGAUUGUCAUGGGAGGCCAUGAUGAAACACACUUAAAGUCUGUAGAAUGUUUUCGAUUUGAUCGCUAUAGCUGGCAAGAACUUCCUGAAAUGCAGGAAGAGAGAUCCUGGGCCACUGCAGUUGUAUGUUAA